GGCGGGUCGGGCGCUGUGAGGGGAGGCAGGAAAAUGGCGCUGACGCAGGGCACGAAGCGCAAAGUCUGCUACUACUACGAUGGGGAUGUUGGGAAUUAUUAUUACGGCCAAGGACAUCCCAUGAAACCCCACAGGAUCCGCAUGACCCACAACCUCCUGCUCAACUAUGGGCUCUACAGGAAGAUGGAGAUCUAUCGUCCUCACAAGGCCAAUGCAGAGGAGAUGACCAAGUACCACAGUGAUGAUUACAUCAAAUUCCUGAGGUCCAUCCGCCCUGACAACAUGUCUGAGUACAGCAAGCAGAUGCAAAGAUUUAAUGUUGGGGAGGACUGCCCUGUGUUUGAUGGGCUCUUUGAGUUCUGUCAGCUCUCUGCUGGAGGCUCUGUUGCCAGUGCCGUGAAGCUGAACAAGCAGCAGACAGACAUUGCAGUGAACUGGGCAGGAGGCCUCCACCACGCCAAAAAAUCAGAGGCUUCUGGCUUCUGCUACGUCAACGACAUCGUCCUGGCCAUCCUGGAGCUCCUCAAGUACCACCAGCGGGUGCUGUACAUUGACAUCGACAUCCACCACGGGGAUGGGGUGGAGGAGGCUUUUUACACCACAGACAGGGUCAUGACCGUGUCCUUCCACAAAUACGGCGAAUAUUUCCCAGGAACUGGGGACCUGAGGGACAUCGGGGCAGGCAAAGGGAAGUACUACGCCGUCAAUUACCCGCUGCGCGACGGCAUCGACGACGAGUCCUACGAAGCCAUUUUCAAGCCUGUGAUCUCCAAAGUGAUGGAGACGUUCCAGCCCAGCGCCGUUGUCCUGCAGUGCGGCUCCGAUUCCCUGUCUGGGGACAGGCUGGGCUGCUUCAACCUCACCAUCAAAGGCCAUGCCAAGUGUGUGGAGUUUGUGAAGAGCUUUAACCUGCCCAUGCUGAUGCUGGGAGGAGGGGGGUACACGAUCCGCAACGUGGCUCGCUGCUGGACCUACGAGACUGCUGUGGCUCUGGACACUGAGAUUCCCAAUGAACUUCCAUACAACGACUACUUUGAGUACUUUGGGCCAGACUUCAAGCUCCACAUCAGCCCCUCCAACAUGACCAACCAGAACACCAACGAAUACCUGGAGAAAAUCAAGCAGCGGCUCUUCGAGAACCUGAGGAUGCUGCCUCAUGCUCCCGGGGUCCAGAUGCAGCCAAUUCCUGAGGAUGCUGUCCAGGAAGACAGUGGGGAUGAGGAGGAGGAUGAUCCUGAAAAACGCAUUUCCAUCCGAAAUUCCAACAAGAGAAUAUCCUGUGAUGAGGAAUUCUCCGACUCCGAGGACGAGGGGGAGGGAGGCCGCAAGAACGUCGCCAACUUCAAGAAAGCCAAACGUGUGAAGGCAGAGGAGGAGAAGGAGGAAGAGGAGAAGAAAGAUGAGAAGGAAGAGGAAAAAGCAAAAGAGGAAAAAGCACCAGCAGCAGCAGCAGCAGCAGCAGAACCCAAAGGGGUGAAGGAAGAGACAAAAUCCACCUGAGUGGCUGCAGCUGGCUGGUUGUCACAGGUUUAGCUCCUGGGUUGCCUCCUCCCCACAGGAUUUCUAUUUUAUAUAAGUUUUCUGUAUAUAUUUCUAUAUAAUUGUAUAAAUGACUGGAGAACUGUAAAUUAUUCCUUGCUGCACUCCACUGGGAGCAGGCAGGGGAGGAUUCUGCUGAGCAGCCCAGGUUUGGUGACCAGGGAGUUUCACCCUUUGCCUUCCACUGCCCCUCCUUGGUGUGGCUCUAAAAACACAAAAAUCCCUUCCUCCCCUUCCCUCUCUCCUCUGAAAUAACCUUGGAAAAGAAUAAUUUAAGUAGAAGCAGUGUCUGCAUUUCAGGUUAGGUGGAAAGAUGGCCAUCAAUUCUUGGUUUUCCUCGAUUUUUUUUUUUUUGCUGUUGUUUUUCAUGGGAGAAUUCCCAAACGAAGCCUGGGAGAGACUUUUGUGGUCUUCAGCUGGAUUCCACCACGACAAAAAAAAACAAAAUCCUACCAGCUGGUGCCACUUCUCAGGGUCAAAAUUGUGCAGUUCUUGAACAGAGUUGGCUCCUCCCUGCAGCAAACUUGGGGAAGGAGAUGAAGCAGCUGGAAAAGAAACCUGGAAAGUCUUUUUUUUAAAUUUUUUUUUUUUUUUUUUUUUUGAAAGUGAAUCAACCCCAGAGCCCAGAUCUGGAAAAUGUAAAAUUAAAAUCACCCUCAGGGGGUGGUUCAGUUUUCCAAGAUCUCCUGGAUCCAGGGAGUGUGGCAGCAUUUGAUGCACCUCGAGGGAGGGAAGGGAUGGGAUUUUUACCUGGUUUUUUUGGGGUUUUUUUUACCCCUCUCUGGGUGGGGAGAAAAUUCCUCCCCUUUUGGCUUCAUUUUUCCCCAGAAAUCCCCUCAAAGCCAGCUUUUCUUCACGUGUGUCCCUAAAAAAAAACCAAUUUUCUCCUGAUUUUGAAGCCAAGUUUUCCAGCUGAAUUUCCCUCCCAGGGCCAGUAACUCCCACCCUUUUUAUCCCGCUGCCUUCUGAGGGAACAGCAGAUGGGGCUCUGAGCGUUUUCACAGCUCCUCUCCCUCCUCCCACACAUCCUCACCCUCAAAUCUUUGUGACCUUUUGUACAGCUGAGCUUUUUUGGAGUGGGGGGGGGGGGAAAACAACUUUUGUGUGUGGUGGGGAGGAGAAAUUCAGAUUUUUUUUUUUUAAUUUUUGUUUUUUUUCCAGGCAGUUCCCACUCUCUGCUCUCUUUUCUCAGGGGGAUCCCUCUGGAAUUCCAGAGGUUCUGCACCCUCCCACGGGAGCACUGCUGAGGGUUUCAACUCCAAUAAUGCUGCUAAAACUUCACACAGGUUCUUUUUCAAAGGGUUUAUUUUUUUAACUCAUUGGUUUUUUUUUCCCCCAUCCUCACCUCUUUUUUCCCUCCCCUCACCGUGGAGUUUUUUUAGUCUCUUUGGGGUCUGAGUGAGGUUUUUCACUCUGAUUUUCAGUGUUUUUAUGUGAAGCAAGAGAGAGAUCAGUGUAACUUUGUGUCUGGGGAACGUGGGAGGGAGGGGGAAAAUCUAUUGUGGUUUUUUAAAGAUGCGUUUAUUUUGAAUUUUCAGAACCUUUGUAAUAAAACUGCUCCAUUUCUA